AUGUUCCACUGUACGGAGUGCCCUGAAUUAUCUUUUGAGCGGCGGAGUUUAUGCGAGCGGCACGUGUUUGAGAAACACAGCGGCUUUGGGUAUCAAUGUACCAUUUGCCUGAAGGUCUUCAAUAGACCUGACAAUCACUCAGGGAGAUGUGUGGGCAAUGAACUUCUGCUGAGGAAGAAAUCAACCAAGACUUUCACAGAAGAGGAGGCAGAAGAACACCGAAAGUUUAUGAAAAGUUUAAGUCAGAAGAUUUUUGUGAAGAAGGAAGACCUACGGCGAACACCAUCAGAACGCCACCAAAUUCAGCAGAAUAACAGAAAAAGAUCACAUCAGAGAAGUUUGAGUAACACGCAAGAGGAGAAAGAGAAUCAACAAGGCAACAAGCGAACUAGAUCUGAAGACACUAGAAAAGUCAUGGAGAAGGAAUCAAGAGAUAAGGUGAAGCCAGCUCGACCGUCAGCUCUGCAAGACCAAACAAGUAAAAACACCAAUCAGGAGCCUGAGAUAAGAUCACAGAAGGAGAAGGCACCAGCAGUGGAAACCUCAAGACCAGAAGAUGACUGCCUUUCACUUUAUGCCGGGGAGUUUUCAGACACCGAAAUACAGGAGGCAUUUGAAGAAAUUGUGCAAGCGAUGCCCAGACUUGACAAUGAAGUGACCUUUCCCCCAUUGAAGAAAAUAUCAUCAGCCCCUUCAACACCAGAUCAUGCUAAUCUACCAUCAACUUCUGCUUCUUGUUCCACAUCUUCCUCCCAAACAAACCCACAAGAUUCCACCUACUCACCAACAGAGAAAGAGAACAAAGUUAUAACUGCACCUAAUUAUAUUGCAACUCCCAAGACAGAUGAAAGAAUGAAAAGGGUUAAAGAAUCGCAAAGGAAAAGGUUAAUAUUAAACAUAGGAGGCAGGCGAUUUGAGACAUCCGUCUCUACACUGAUGACAAAGCCUCAGGCUCUACUAGCCAGGAUGAUUUCGCCAUCAGGCAUCAAGCCCUACAGUGUGGACAAUGUCUAUACCUACUUUAUAGAUAGAAAUCCUAACAACUUCUCUGUCAUAUUAGAUUACUUGAGGAAUGGAGGAGACCUACCGCUGGAUGCACUUCCAAAUGAUAUCAGAGCUCUGCGAGAGAUCACUCUGGAAGCCAAGUUCUACGAACUCAAGCAUUUGGAACUUUUAAGUGAGAAGAAAAUUAUGGAGCUGAAAAGUGAAGAAUUAAGUAGCCAACUCGCCAUCCUGAACAAAAUGUGA